AUGGAGAGGGCGAUCACCAGAGAUUUGUUUUCGCGUAUACUGCUGUUCCAAACCCAUUUGAUAAAGGUGGCAACUUUUGCAGCUGAACUGGACUGCUUUUUGUCAAUGGCAUUGGUUGCACGGCAGAACAAUUACGUCAGGCCUUCGUUGACUGAAGAAAAUUUGCUUGAUAUAAAAAAUGGAAGGUUCAGAUCCUCUGGAAGAAUAAAUAUCAUCACUGGUCCUAAUUUUUCUGGAAAAAGCAUCUAUAUAAAGCAGGUUGCUAUAAUUGUUUUUCUCUCCCACAUUGGUAGUUUUGUGCCAGCUGAUGCAGCAACUGUGGGUCUAACAGAUAGGUAUAAUUUUCCAUUGAAUCACGUCUAUCGUGAAACAGGAGUUACAUUGUUGAAUGCUGAUCGUUUUAUUUGGGAGAAAAUCUUCAGGCAUGCUACUUCGCAAUCUCUCUGUUUGGUGGAUGAAUUUGGUAAAGGCACUCUUACAGAAGAUGGUAUUGGUCUACUUGCUGGGACCAUAAAUCACUUUGUCACGAGUGAUGAACCUCCAAAGGUUUUUGUGUGCACUCAUCUCAUGGAUUUAUUACAUGGGCAUUCCUUGACCAAGUCUGAGCAGAUUAAGUUUUACACAAUGAGUAUGCUGAGGCCUGACGACAAUUCCACAUAUAUUGACGAGAUUGUAUUUUUAUACAGGCUUGUCCCUGGGCAUGCGCAUCAUAGCUAUGGGCUGCAUUGUGCACUGCUUGCUGGUGUGCCAGAGGAAAUCGUAAAAAGAGCAGCAGCUGUGUUGGAGGCCGUUUCAAACAAUAAUCAUGUCGAGCGGUUAUCCAACGAGAACAUCUCUGCUCAAGAUCGUCAAUACAAGGAUGCCAUGGAGAAAUUGUUGGAAUUCGAUAUUGAAAAAGGCGACUUAAAACUUUUCUUUGAGGAUAUAUUUUCUCUUGUUCUUCUUGAUGCUUCGUGA